GCGAAUGUCCGUAUCUUGUGUUCUCCAGACAGUGGGCUCUUCGCUAGACCUCACACCGAUAUCGUUCGUGUUAACUGUUCAAGAUGAGUGUUGACUGAGCGGGUAUUCCGUUCCCACAAGUCACAGCUGUGACAAUCAAGCGAUUCUCAGGUGCGGAAAAAACGCACGGAAUGAGGUCCGGUAAUCCUCGUCCGGUUCGUUGUCGUUGUCAACAGCUGUGAUGGAAACGUGGGUUCAUCCUCGACGGAUUUGACACCAGGUUUCGGUCAUGCCUCGAGGACGCCAUCGCGUCUUCCGUGAGGAGCGGGAAGCCCUGCUGAGCUUGGACUCGGACCAGUCUAACAACUGGGUCCAGCUGAGAAAUCGAGGACAUCAACAGGACUCUCCGACAGUUGGCUUUGUGCAGCAACACCAGCAAGGCGGCAGCGGCGGUUCUCAGAUUAAGAACAACAACAUCAGCAACAACAACAAUAAUCCGUUCGCAUCGAGACUCGCCCGCUUCGACUUCAUAAGCCAUGAAGUUCAACCGGGUGAAACACUCGCUGGCAUCGCGCUGCGGUAUAAUUGCAAACUGCCCCAUUUGAAACAGGCGAAUAAUCUUUCAUCUGAGGCACAUCUUGCGGCUCUACCGUACGUCAAAGUUCCUGUGCCUCGUAACGGUGUGCAAACGGGACAGCUGAUCGACAUUUCGACCAAAGUUGAAAUUCGGAGAGAAGGCCCGCCCCGGGAAGAAUUGUGUCCCCAGCGGUUCAUGGAAAACCUCGAUGAGAAGCUGAAAGAACUCCACAAAUCAGCACCGCCCCCGGUCACUCCGCCGCCAAUCACCGAGCUUCCAGUGAAACCUCGCACUUAUUUCAAUAGCACUUGUCUACUGGUUACGUGCCUUGUUGGGGUUUGCAUCGGUUUGCCUAUCUUUUACACAAUGUACAUACUCGCAAACGGAGACAUGUUCAGAGUCAUGGGGGCGAUUAGAUAGCGCUCAGAUAUUCGAAGCGAAUCUGUGAAUAAAGUAUUCCAAUAAUUGAAG